AACUUCUAAUUACUCUGCAGAUAUCAUAGAAGCCAUCACAGAAGAAAUCAACUUUGAGCUUGUCGAGGGCAAGCCUGACACGAAAGUGGUUCGUGUGCAAUGUGCCUGCACCGUGGGCGAUCAACGCUUUGGAUCAUACGCGAUCAUGAACGAGGAAGGAAACACAACAAUCCGCACUUCUAGGAUAAUGGAUGGUGGUGACUUCAGCUUUCUGUCGAUUAUUGCAACGUGUUCGUCGCUCGGGGGUUAUAUAUUGCAGUUCGUGGGCUGUAAGUUAUAGAAUCUUGAUCUACAUGAAGCGCAGGGCUGACAUGGCCACUAGUGAGAGCAAUGCACUGGAGCGUCGCCAUCACAGUCCUUGGAGCGACCUUGAUUAUGGCUUGUGUCAGAGCAUAUGUUCGCCGUGGCUUAGCUGCGAAUCCGCAGGUAGAGACGCUCCACGAAGGACACGAGCUCUCCUGGGUGGCGCUGGAUGCGCUUGGUCUUUCCUCGUUUGAACUUGGUAGCUAUACGGCUGUCGACGAGACUCGGGCUCCUGAAGAACGCUCGAGCCAGCGGUGUGCUACCGAGACUGAUCCCGAGAGUGCUGCGAUGACAUCGUCCCUCGCUCGGAAGGUGGUAGAGGUGCGCAAGCAAAUGAGGCAACUUGUUCCCUGGCAAGACGAGUAUACCACGCUUUCCCAUCAGCUAGCAGAUGCUAUAACCACAACACUACAAUGGGUUAUGGCCGAUCUGAGGUAUUUUGACUUUGAGGAAGAAAAGCUGGUGGCUUCAGUCGUAGCCUUUGAGAGAAGCACUGGAGGUAAGUUUUCGUCCAAAGUAUUCACCGCGGAAGAGUACGAUGAGAAAAGGGAGGAAAGAGAGAAAUCAAAGGGUCUCCGGAAAGAAGGAAAGCAAAGCUUCCGUUUGAACCUUGGACGUCGUCGCCGUCGUCGCCGUCGUCGCCGACGCCGUCCUCGGCGAAUGGAAAGACCAGGCGCUGGGAGAGCAACUCAUCACUGGCGCAGGACCAGCAACUCGCGCUCGCCGUCUGCGACCUCUGCGAAAGGGAACACCACUUCCCCCCGUCACCCGGUGACCCGCCAGAAUGCAGAAGCAGAUGCUAAGCCUCUGGAAAGAGGUAACUGGUUUUGGGAGAACCGGGACGUGAUCGAAGAGGCUGCUUCCGACAGUGACCUCAACACCCCACCUGGAUUUUCAUUCUACAACUUUCAGGAGUCUGACGAAGUCUUUGGCGCCAGUUUCACCUGGCAGUCUGAAGCGAUGCUGAGCGGUCCGAGCGUUGGCAAUCGCCGGACAGGAGCAAAAUACAGUUUCCUGGCCCGGUGCAUCUUCCAGAAUGAUCAUGAAGAGGACGAGGAUGCCGAUUCCGAGAGUCGGUUCCCAGGGCCGCAAAAAAGCAACCAGGGCGACCCCGAAAAACAAGCCUGGACAACUGAUGUCGGGUCUCUCGCUGCAUUGUUGUCUUUAUGGAUGCUUACUAUGGAGGCAAAGCUUGGACCUGCUUCUCACCUCCAUGCUUCCACUCGGCUCCUUGGCUGUGGAUGGCAGGUCCCUGUUCCAGCGGACUCAAAGGAUAAGGGAAUUUUACAAUGGAUAGGGUCCAUCCACUCAGGUAGCUCUGGAGCAGGAGACGAUAAAGGCCUGGGGGUUGAGGGUAUGACUGGUGGAUCUGAUGACCACAGCGGGGAGGAGUCCGGGGACACGGGAAAGAAGACUGAUAGAUCAGAUUUCUCCGCGCCAGACGAAGAUUCCAGCCUCGGAGAAAGUGGUGCCGAUGAAUAUGGAAGUCUGAGUGUGCAUCACCAUUCAGUACUAUCCAAAGACCCAAUACCGGAAUAUGUUCGCCCCUACGAAAAGACAGAUUUCUAUAGCGUGUGGAUCGAGAGGAAGACACCAGCACUCACACUUCCCAACUUUGCGUCGUAUAUGCGAGAAUCCCGGGGUCACACCUUUGGGACUUGUUUUUCCUCUCACUCCAGGUUUGGGCCGACAUCCCUUGAUCAACAGGCUUAUGGUAACGUUUUGUUUUAACCAUAGGAAGCUCAGGCGCGAGGCAUUGCAGGAAAGAAACGCAGAGCAAGGCAAUGAGGAAACCCCCGGAACUGCUGCCCGAAAGUCUGGACUGCAUUCA